UAUGAUAAUGUUUCCAAAAUUCUCGAUGCAAGUAGUUCGCUCAAUUAUUUGAUAAGAAUGAUUUCCCCACUAGCUCAAUAAAAAACAAUUAAUCCUUGUACGCAAGUUAUCAUAGUGAAGCAUUGACACUGUGACCCUUGGCAUUAUAAAUUACGAAUUUAAGAUAAAGAAGAGAAGAAUCAAGCAAAAGUUGUGUUUCUCAUAAAGAUCUCAAAGAUAUUCCUACUACACAUGGGUUCUCUUGACUUGCCUUACGCUUCAUCGUUCAAGGGAGGAAGUGAAACCUUUCUCCAGAAUGUAUUUGAAAGUAUACUGAAAACGUAUUUGAGGAAGAACCCGAUGGCGAAGACGAUAUGGGAACUAGUUAAGUCGGUGGACAACGAAAAGAUCUCUUACGACCACUUCUUUUUCAGGACAUUUAAGGUCGAUGGUUAUGGAAUUGAUUCCCUGGCGAGUUUUUUCAUGGAUUAUGGAUAUAAAGUUGGAGGCAGACUUGAUUUUCCAAAGAAGAAAGUACAAGUUCUCUGGCUUUCUCCUCCGGAUGUUCACUUCCCCGAUAAUGGUUACGGUAUUGGCAAUGGCCCUUUGCCAAGACUUGUUAUAGCUGAGCUUCUUGUGGAGGAACUAAGCCCUGAGUCACAGGAGAUAAUAAGGAAGUAUUUGAAACCGGAAGGUGGUAAGCAAGCUGUUCUUUCAAGUACUUUGGGGUCUUUAAUUUGGGAGAAGCCAACAUCCACCGAUUUCAAUCAACUUGCCAAAGAAAGCGAAUUUGCCGCAUGGACGCUUGUCUACGGCUACACAAUGAACCAUCUUGCUUUCGCGGUUCAUCGUCUUAAACACCGUUUCAGCGACAUCAAAUGCGUCAAAGAGUAUUUUGAAGAAAACGGUUUCGAACUCAACAAGGAUGGAGGAGUCCUCAAAGUGAGUGAAGACAGUCUACUGUUACAAGUGUCGGCUAUGUCGGAGAAACUUGUGGUUGAAUUUGCAGACGGAGUAACUCAAAUCGUCCCGGCUUCAUACAUUGAGUUCGUUGAACGUCUAGUUCUUCCACAGUUCAAAGAUAUGCCGUGUGAUGAGAUCAAAGAGUUUCAUAGACGCGAGGGCUUGGAGCAAGCUAGCGCCUACCACAUAAUGGAAAGCACCCGUUUCACAGCGUAAAUAUAGAACCAGCUUGUUUUGUUCCGCUCAAUAUGUCAAGUAUGUGUACGUACUAUUAAAAUGUUUUGUAUCUUAUUUGGACAAUUUGUGUGUGAGAUAUUUCUGUUCUUGUGUUGUGAAGUGACGGUAUAACUUAAUAUUACCCGUUACCGACGAAUAAUGGAAAACAAAGUGUCAUGGUGGGGUGUGGUAUUUGUGGUGUUUUUGCAUGUAAUAUCUUUUGAUAGUAACGUGACACUUGAUUUUGGUGACUCGUAACACCUCUUGGGGUUGAAGACCAACGUGCCCAAUCUUUCAUUUACCUUAGUGUCUUCUUCUUUUUGCAUUAUUGGAUUUUGGUGUUUCACGUAGAGAAACUGACAUCACAUUGU